GGGCAUCACGCUGAAGAUGAACGAGGAGGGCCGCUGCAUCGUGGCUCGCAUCAUGCACGGCGGGAUGAUCCACCGCCAGGCGACGCUGCACGUGGGCGACGAGAUCAGGGAAAUCAACGGGAUGCCCGUGGCCAAUCAGAGCGUCGACAUCCUCCAGAAGAUGCUGAGGGAAGCCAGGGGUUCCGUCACCUUCAAGAUUGUACCGUCGUACCGCAGCGCUCCGCCCCCUUGCGAGGACUGGUCCCUACGCAGUGGAAUUAAAAAGCAGAUAUACGUUCGGGCUCAGUUUGACUACGACCCGCUCGAGGACGACCUCAUCCCGUGCGCACAGGCGGGCAUUGCCUUCAAGACGGGCGAUAUACUGCAGAUUAUCUCGAAGGACGACCACAACUGGUGGCAGGCGAAGAAGGACCCCAACGGCACGGCCGGCCUGAUCCCGUCGCCGGAGCUGCAGGAGUGGCGCACGGCCUGCCUCGCCAUGGAGAAGAGCAAGCGUGACCAGGUGAACUGUUCCUUCUUUGGGCGGAAGAAGAAGCAGCACAAAGACAAGUACUUGGCUAAACACAACGCAGUCUUCGAUCAGCUAGAUCUCGUUACGUAUGAAGAAGUUAUAAAACUGCCAUCAUUUCGGCGGAAGACCUUGGUGCUCCUAGGUGCGCAUGGGGUAGGGAGGCGACACAUCAAGAACACACUCAUUGCCUCACAUACAGACAAAUACGCCUAUCCUAUACCACAUACUACUCGAAGUCCACGGAAAGACGAAGAUAAUGGGAAGAACUAUUACUUUGUAUCGCACGACGAGAUGAUGGCGGACAUCGCUGCCAAUGAAUACCUGGAGUAUGGCACGCACGAGGACGCCAUGUACGGCACGAAGCUGGAAACCAUCCGCAAGAUCCACAGCGAAGGCCGAAUGGCGAUCCUCGACGUCGAACCGCAGGCCCUCAAGAUCCUCCGCACGGCCGAAUUCGCUCCCUACGUUGUCUUCAUCGCCGCUCCAUCGCUACAGAACAUGACAGAUUAUGACGGAAGCUUAGAACGGCUGGCAAAGGAGUCGGACUUGCUCAAGCAGGCGUACGGCCAUUUCUUUGACCUGACCAUAGUGAACAAUGACAUCGAAGAAACAAUCCGACAGCUGGAAAAAUCGAUCGAAACUAUGAAUAUGACCCCGCAGUGGGUACCCGUGUCCUGGGUUUACUGACAGCCCGCCCCUCCCCGAGACAGUCCCUCUGACUGCUAUUGCUGUGGAACGACGCGGAGCAAAGAGGCCAACAGGCGGGCCCACCAACACCACAGGAGGUGAUCCCGCGGCUCUAGAACCACCGCACCGCCAUGACCUGUGUGCCACAAUCAAAGUCUCGCAAAACAUAAAUGCCUCAUACUUAUUAUAAGAUGAUAUUACAAAAAAAUAAUAAUAAUAAAAAUAAAAUAUUAAAAAAAACAAAAAAAAUCUCAAAAAAAUAUAUAAAAAUCUCUAUAAAAAUAGCAAAGUAAAUACGAUGGUGUAUUACAGCCAAGCACAGCACAUACAUGUAUGUCACUAGGAAUGUUGCAUUUUACAAGUGGUAAUGGAGAGGAUGUGGACAAGCCAGCCUUAAUGAGGAUGAAAAAUAGAGAAUAUAUUUUGUGGCAAUUUGCUCAACUUGGACUUUUUCACAUAGGUGCAUAUAUUUAUUUGGUAGAAGAUGCCACUAUCAAAUUUAUAAGGUAGAGUAGUGACUGGGAACUUCAGGCUUGCGUUCGAAGCCGGGUUGUAAUGGCGUUCGUUAGUCAUCCCAAUUGUAACGUAAGGAAUUUGACGUUCGUUCUUUCGCUCUUCGCGUUCGGAAAAGGUUACACCCGCGUCAUUGUUUUCAAUCUGAUUUUUGUAAUAUGCUUAAGCAUUUUUUCGUUUUUUUAAGAUGGUUUAAAAUGUUAAUUUGUUGGAUCAUUCAAAUUGUUAUUAAGUGGUUGAUUCAAAGUAAAAUUAUAACGAGGAUGGCGCCUUACUAGUCAUUUAUUUUCUAACAGUUUACUUUCUUUGGAAACUAAAAUCAUGCACCAUAUGCUUUUAUCAGUCAACUGUGAUUUCGUUUUUUGUGUACGUUCCCUCUAUAUUUAUUUAUUUAUUGUACGCAGUUUGAACAACAGUCAGUAAAGGUAGAACGAAUGGUGCAAAAGUGGCAAAAAAUAUUCUUUUGUAUACAGCCAAAGGGGAAAAAAGCUACCCUAGGGAAUAUUUUCUUCACGCAGAUAUUUUUUUUCUUCCAUAACCAAAGGCUAGAGAUCCACAGAGCGGACUGACAGCCAUCCGAGAGCAGAGCCUGUGUGAGCCUAUGAUGUACCAUGGUUGUGUGUGGUUCUCGACAAAAAGGAAUAAAAAUAUAAAGAUGGUGGUUGGCUUUUCGAAUAAGGAGACGGACAUUGAGGCUAAUAAUUUAAAAAAAAAGGAAUAAAGCUUGUUAAGGGACUCUGAAAAGUCUUGGGGGAGAGAAAGCUUGGCAAAGGUGGUGUUCUGUUGCUAUGAAGUGUGUCACGUGACCCCGCGAUUGGGUACGGUGGAAUGGAGUGUUCGAAGCGUUGUUCCAAUCAAAGACCUCUGUUCUGAAGAGGUAACAAUAGAAUCCAGUGGAGAUGAAUAUAUAUUUGUAGGAUGUAAGAGAAUAGACUAGAGAAAAUAAAACAAAAAAAUGGUUGCACCCAAGCACGACAAACUCUGACAACUGGAUAAUCACGGUGGGAAUAGCGAUGUCUUUGAUGAAUUCUGGAAAAAAAGAAAGAAAAAAUGAAUCAUCACCAAAGUACCCUUCUUAUUUGUAAGGAGGAUGGACUGAUCUGUGUACACUUAUAAAUAUUGUUUUUAUAAGCAAAUAAAGGUUGAACCAGUUGUUCCUUGUACAUGGAAUUUAAUUAAUUGUUAUAUAGUUGCAGUGCAGGUAGUAUGCCAGUUAAUGCUGAUGUGAGACAGAUGACACUAGCAAGUGUGUAUAUUUCGGUCACUCGGUCACCUGCUAUGUUUCUUUUAUACAGUACUAGAUUUGUAAUAAGUUUGAAGUGCGAGAAUGUUUACAGCGGAUCGGAUUUCAGACAGAGGCUAAACAAGGUUGGGUUCGAGCAAGAUUGAUCAUUGAGGUUUUGAUUAAUUAGCUGAUCUUCAUGGUUUUGUGCAUUUGCUUGCUUUUGGAAAAAAAUGUAUUCAUUAUUGUUUCCAAUGUCCUGUUCACACUUUGAAAUUUCAGAAUAGUAACAAAUUAACGGUUAAUUUUCCAAAAAGGAAUUUACAGAUUUGACAACCUUGUUUAGAUUUCAUAAGUACGUUUAUGUCCUGAUGACAUCCUGUUUAUUAUAUUUUUUCGUCUGAUUUUUUGUGCUGUGUAUUACGCAGAUUUGUACAUUUAUCCUUGAAUCUUGUUUCCCCGACCAAGCUUUGCAGGUUCUGUGGGUUUGUUGGAUGGAUUACUGUUAUUAUAAAAAAAAAACAACAACUGAGUAGA